UGCCUGAAAACGCCAAGUGACUUUUGCCCUUUGGCAACAAGGAUGGGCUCCCAGCCAGGAUCUAUAUCCUGGAGUUUGAAGGUCUGGAGAAGCUGUACCUGGAUCCAAGGGUUGGUCCAAGCCCUGAGUGGGUGGAGUGUCCAUGGAAAACAUUAUAAGGAACCAUUAGGGAGCUGAGCAAACAGUGUGAGCUGGAGCAGAGGGAGAAGCAACAUGGGAGAGCUUUGUGUCCGCUCUGUGCUGGUGACUGGGGCCAACAGGGGCAUCGGCCUGGGGUUCGUCCAGCACUUCCUGAAGAUGCCAAACCCACCCCAGUGGGUCUUUGCAGGCUGUCGGGACCCCAAGGGACAGCGAGCACAGGAGUUACAGAAUUUGGCCUCCAAGCACCCCAACCUGGUCAUCAUCCCUCUCGAAGUCUCCGACCCCGCCAGCAUCAAGGCGGCUGCAGCCAGAGUGGAGGAGCUCCUGGGGGGCUCAGGGCUGAACAUCCUCAUCAAUAAUGCUGGAAUUCUAAAUCCAAUUUCACUUGAUAAGGAGACGCUGGAGACUAUGACCCAGAUUUACACCACCAACACAGUUGGACCCCUGUUGUUGGGACAGGCGUUCCUGCCCUUGCUGAAGAAGGCUGCCCAGGGGAGCCCGGGCUCAGGGAUGAGCUGCAGCAAGGCAGCCAUUGUCAACAUAUCCAGCAUUGGCGGCUCCAUUGCUUCUUUUUCUGCUUGGGAGAUGAUCCAAGCUAGCUCUUACCGCUGCAGCAAGGCUGCUCUGAACAUGCUGACCAAGUGCCAGUCCCUGGCAUACAAGGAGCACGGCAUCUUCUGUGCUGCUCUCCACCCUGGCUGGGUGCAAACUGACAUGGGCAGCGGUGGUGGACACACGCUUCCCCUGGGAUAUGGCACCAGCUUUCCCAAGGCCAUCAGAAUUUGCCUGAAAUCGCCAAGUGAUUUUUGCCCUUUGGUAACAAGGAUGGGCUCCCAGCCAGAAUCUGUGUCCUGGAGUUUGAAGGUCUGGAGAAGCUGUACCUGGAUCCAAGGGUUGGUCCAAACCCUGAGUGGGUGGAGUGUCCGUGGAAAACAUUAUAAGGAACCAUUAGGGAGCUGA